AUGGCUUUACAAGACUUCUGUGGUUUUCAGGACACCCCAAUGUCUCAAAGGUGGAACACUCCUGCCUCACUCUCUAGGCCUAUGGGAGAUAUCACUCCUCUCCUGGAGAUGGCUGAUGAAAGGAACCUUGGUUGGUGUGGAUUUAAAUCAUCUGAGAGAGAUGGAGGGGUCCCUCUGCAUUUUUUCAUACCUACCCCUCAGAGCUCUGUUCCUUUCUGCUGUGACAACAGACACCGUCCCUUUCCUCCCUGUCCACCUCUCCAUCACCGCCCACCCGCCGCCCAUUCCCUUUGUCUCACGGAACCACUACCCUGGCCUUUGUGUUCGAAGGAGGUGUUAUAGCAGCAGCAGACACACGUGCCAGCUGCUCAGGGCUUGUCUCCUGUCCCUCUGCCCAGAAGAUACUGCCCAUCCACUCCCAUUUACUGGUCACCACUUCAGGCAGUGGUGCAGACUGCAUGCUAUGAGAGAGAAUCCUGGCCAGAGAUCCGCCUUUACCAGCUACGCCACGGCCGCCGCUUGUCAAUCACUGGCUCUGCCAAGCUCGUCUCUCAUAUGCUGCACCCAUUUAAGGGGACUGAUGUGUGUGUGGCAGCCACUCUGUGUGGCUGGGAUGUAGAGGAGAUUAGGGUGGAGAAAUUCAGGGGACAAAAAGUUGAUAGGAUGGGAUCAGGCAGAGACAGCAUCUCUCCAGCAAAAGUACCCCUUGAAGAGACAGGAAUGUCUGCAAGUGAUUAUUGUAGUCAGGAUGACUUGACUGGCAGUGCCAGUGACUGAACAAGACAUGCAGUAACUGACGGGAACCUGACAAUAUCCCUUGUCAGCGAUUGUUGUGGCUGAAAGCUGUUCUAUGUGUGCAGUGAUGGCACCCAUCUGCAGGGAGAGCUCUUCUCAGUGGGCUCAGGUUCGCCCUAUGCCUAUGCUGUACUGGAUGGAGGGGUCCAGUGGAGCCUGUGAGGAGGAGGCAAUUUCAUUGGCCAGAGAAGCUGUGUACAGGGCCACACACAGGGAUGCAUAUUCAGGGAACUGUGUGGACCUCUUUCACAUCACUGCCCAAGGAUAUAGCCGCAAAGACAGGGAGGAUCUGAGAGAGGAGUACCAGAGAGAGAGGGAGACGGUGCUGAAGAUGGUGAAAGAAUGA